ACGUGACAGGAAGGUAGUUCCUGACUGUGUACAUGUAUCACCUGCAUAUCAGGCAGCCCACUAGCAUGCUAAACCAAGCUAACCCGGCUAGCUUCCAUUCACGCUCCGUAAGAGGAGGUUCCAGCCUGUGUUUAGUCGGGAGGAGGCGCUUCAGUGUUGGUCAUGAUUUCACCACGAUCGAGCGGUGUGCCGAGGAAAUACUUCCCCACACCAACGUUCCUUCUCCUCACGAUGACAGCAUUUCAUUCCCGUGAUGUGGAGGAAGAGACCGACACCGCCAAGGAUCUAAAGGCACGUGUGGACCACCUGAUGACUGCGGAGACCGCAAACCACAUCAACAUUCAGGAUCUGAUUGUAAGUGUGGACCAACUGAUGACUGCAGAGACCACAAACACCAAAACCAUUCAGGAUCUAACCACACGUGUGGACCACCUGAAGACUGCAGAGACUGCAAAUGAAAACACCAUUCAGAUUCUCACUGCACAUGUGGACCACCUGAAGACUGCAGAGACCACAAACAACAAAACCAUUCCGGAUCUAAAGGCACGUGUGGACCACCUGAUGACUGCAGAGACCACAAACACCAAAACCAUUCAGGAUCUAACCACACGUGUGGGCAAGCUGGAUGGCAUGUCAGACAAACGUAAGGUGUGGUUUGCAGCAAGAAAUGGCGACAAAAAGACAUGUGAUGACAAGGUGAUCUUUGCCGACGUGCCCACCAACAUGGGUAACCACUAUGAUGCCAACACAGGUAGGAUGCCACCUGACUGCUAA